AUGAGCGCGGAUCCAGAGCACAGCGGGAAGAAGCGGAAGCAUCACCACAAGGAGCACAAGGAGCACAAGAAGGACAAGAAGGAGAAGAAGGCGCGGCUCGAGGCUGACGAUGCGGGCGAGAGCGUAGAGCACGGCGUUGAUUACUUUGUUUCUCGGUGUGUUGGCGCUGCUGCUAGUGUUGCUGUUGUGGCGAUUAUUAACUUGUUGAUAGGUCUAUUUCCCGGCGUGAAUGUGCCGGAGCAGACGACCUUCGAGGCGUACCAGCACAAGGACACAAAGUACCUGAUUCACGGCGAAACCGAGCGCAUGGAGUUUGACGGGACCAACUCUCCAGAGGAAGAUUUGUACUAUGUCGGCAUCUAUGAUCCGGCGACGGAGUCGGUUGAGCUUGUGCAUGCGCCGGUGGUGACUGCGGCCCGGACUAUCAAAGCGCAGAAGAAGAAGACGAUUGUUGACAAGAAGCAGGUUGAUGUUCAGAACCGCAUACAACGAAACGCCCUCGGCGAAGCCUUCGGAACCAAGAAAGCCAAGCGCGCGAUCGACGACCUGGCGCGCAACCAGAUCGACGCCGACAAGCUCGAGUCCUUCACCGAGUCGAUCGUGGACAACAUCAAGGCGUCGACGUCGACGCUGCCGUCGGCCGACGAGCUCGCGAAGCAGGAGUCUGAGGAUCGACCGAUUCCGCCGUGUAAAGAGGACGCGAGCGCUGUCGAGGAGAUUUAUCCACUCAUCGGGGGUCUUCUACAGGCGGAUGAGUUCAAGGCGAUUCGGAUGCCGGUGUCGUUGUUGAGGGAGAAGAGCGCGGAGAAACGGGUGGAGAAUUUCCCGGUCAAGAGCUCGAACUACAUCAACACGCGCGUCGGGCGGAUCCAGAACGAGGCGCAGGUCGAGAAACUCAAGCUGCUGUACUAUGCCGCUCUCUUGAUUGGCUUUUACGAGAACCGCCGGACAAACAACAAGCGCAUGCUGCUCGCCAAGCUGAAUCAUCCGCCCGAGAUCCUCGUCGACGGACUGAUCAGACGGUUUGGGGAGUCCAAGGCCGGGCGGGUGGGCAAAGACCUCGAGCACGCGUUCACGGUCACGCCCAAGAACGAAGACAAGCUGCUGUGUUAUCUGUUUGCGACCUGUCUCCGCAUCGACGAGUACACGGUCGAAGUCCCGCUGCUGGCGUCCGAGCUCUCGAUCAGACCGCUGAAAGUGCAGGAGCUGUUCAAGGCGCUCGGGUGUAAGAUCAAGCCGUGCACGGCGGGACAGAAGGAGGCGCUGGGGUUGUCGAGCGCGGAGGCGGCGAAUUAUAAGAUGGCGAGCUUGGCGUUGCCGUUUAAGCUGCCGGAGAUUGCGAGACGGAAGAGAGCUUCGACUAGGAGAUAG